CUCGGCUUUUGGCUUUGAGAGCUGGAUUUGCCCGAAUCUCCAACAUCCACGGGUUGGAAACAUUCUAGAAGAUCCUUCGACAAUUCAUUGUUUGGGUUGAGGGUGGAAGGUGGAGUUAUUGUUUUCAAUUGCUUUGUUUUAUUGGCUUGCUGGGUUAAUUCGCGAUUUAUGCUGGGACAACCAGCCGAAUAAAUAUUUUGAUAUCGGAUCACUUCUUCGGGAUCGUUCCUCUGCCUUUUGACUUGAUAUCUUUGAAUUGAUAUCGGUCCCAACCAUCUCAUCUCAAUAUGAGUGCCUCGAGGACAGGAAGGGCAGCGCUGAAAAAGGCCAAAGUGCCUGUCACCGGCACACAGAGAACGGGCAAAAAUCCCGUCGCAGAGAGUUUACAUAAACCUGCUCUCCCAAAACGGGCCAACCCGCAUCUAACAAACAUCAAACCAACACCAGAGCCCAGUCGAAUGUCUCCUAAGAUGAUGACGUUCCUAGGGGUGGGCGUGCUCGGGAUGAGCGCGUACUGCGGCUUUCUCUACGCGGCGUACAGACGAGAAGUAUCUGAAUCGCAAUCCAUGGACGUGCCCAAGGAUGUAUCAAGCCGGUACAACCAAACGGCUCGGACCUUUGACGCAGACGUGGAGCUGUCCGAGAAGACGAUGCGCAUGGGGACGAAGCGCGCGAAUCUCAUCGCGUUGGCGCGCGGCGACGUGCUGGAGGUCAGCUGCGGCACAGGACGUAACUUGGAGUACUACGAGCUAGGGGAAAGGAGGGGAUACGAUGAAGAAGGACGGGCAAGUACGCGGGGCUGCAGGUCAGUGACGUUUGUCGAUCUCAGCCCGGAGAUGGUCGCGAUUACACGCGAGAAGUUUGAGAAACUGCACCCGGGGUAUGAGAAGGUGGCUUUCCGGGCUCAGGACGCGGGGCGGGUAGAUGGUGCGCCUCCUUCGUCGUCGUCGAGGGGAUGUUGCUACGAUACAGUUGUGCAGACCAUGGGGCUCUGCUCGAUGCCAGACCCUGCGGGGACGCUUCGCCAUCUGGGCUCGAUUACGGAGCCGGAGAAGGGGCGGAUUCUACUACUGGAGCAUGGGCGUUCGCACUACGGGUGGUUGAAUGAUAUCCUGGACAAUCUGGCACCAGCGCAUGCGGACCGACAUGGGUGUUGGUGGAACCGAGAUAUAGGAGCGAUAGUGAAGGAGAGUGGGUUGGAGAUAGUCGAGGAGAAACGAUGGCAUUUUGGGACGACAUGGCGAUAUGUAUUGCGGCCAAGUACUUCGAGGUAGGCCGACUGCUAUUGGUGUAUUAAUACUGUAUAUCAUAAUUAUGAGAAAGUUACUCGUACAAGUGGAUCUGGUGACG